AGUCCACUCCUUAAGAUGUUUGCAUUAACUUAACAAGGAUAUACAUGUAAAAGCUCUUUGACACUGUGGGAUAAGAGGAGUAUAAAAUGUUGUGGAUGGAAAUGAAAACUGUUCCCACUUGUGGUUGUUUCUGAGCAUCACCCAUUUGCUUUGCUCAGGACAUGGCACCCAAAACUUCAGCCCAGUUGAAAGCACCUGUGCUGUGUCUAUGGGGAGGGUGAAGAUAACUCGGUCUUCAGAAGUUUUCUUUCUCCAAGAUGCCAGACACCCUGCCCAGCUUGAACAUCUGGACUUUGUUGAGUGUCCUGGAUAUAAUUUAGGCAGCAGCUGAAAUCACACUGGUGAAAACCCAUGAAAUGCCUUGGACCUUCAAGUCCUCAUAUAGAUCUCUUUCCACCAGGCUGAAAGGGAUGCAGAGCUACACAGAGUCAUGAAACUGUACAUUAUCUUCUUCCUGGCAGUCGUGAGCAAAGAAAUCUCUAACUACCAACUUUCAGAGGGGACAUCCUGUGAAAUGGCAAACUCUCAGGCAUUUUGCCACAACAAAGAUCUCCACCAAAUCCCUCGUGAGCUCCAUCCAAAUGUAAACAAAAUAGAUCUGUCGGGAAAUCUGAUUCAAAGCAUUCCUGAAAUGUCAUUAUCACUUUACACUUCCCUUCAGUGCCUGGAUUUAAGCUCUAAUCAGAUAAGUUUCAUCAUGCCUGGAGUCUUUGCACACAUGAAGAGUUUGCUGGAAAUAAAUUUAGCCAACAAUCACUUAUAUGAGCUUGCUCAAAAUGGCACAGGUGGGAUUGGACUCUUACCCAAGGUGGAAAUACUGGACUUGUCCCACAACAGUCUGUACAAUGGGAUGGCUGAGCAUUUCAUUAAAGAAGCUCCAGCACUGCAAUAUCUUUCCUUGGCAGACAACAGUAUUAUAAUGAUCUCACAAAAGAUGUUUCAGGGAUCUCCCAAUCUUGUGGAGAUAGAUCUUCAGAGCAACAUCAUCAUGGAAAUAGAAGAAGGUGCUUUUGAGACUCUAGUGAGCCUGUCCAAACUCAAUCUCUCAAAGAAUUCAAUUACUUGCAUCUCUGAUUUUAACCUCAGGCAGCUGGAGAUACUUGACCUUAGCAGGAACAGCAUUGAGACCUUCCACACCACAAAAUCAGAUGAUGAAUAUAGCUUAAGGUGUUUGGAUCUGAGUGAAAACAAACUGUUUCACUUCCCAGUGUUCCCUCGGGUAAAUAAGCUGGUAACUCUGAAUUUAUCAAAGAAUUUAAUCCAGCUCACUGCUGAAUCCCCUCAUAAUAAAAUGGACCAUGUGACAAAUGAAUGGCUAAAUGCUUCUUUCCAUAUUUUUGAUCAGAAGCAAAGUAGAAACAAAAGUUCUCUGUAUUUAUCCCAGCUUGAAUAUUUAGAUGUAAGUUAUAAUGAAAUCAAAUCCAUCCCAGAUGAGUUCUUUGAAUCAAUGUUGUCCCUUCACACCCUUAAUCUCAGUAAAAACUGUCUCCAGGCAUUUGCAGUAAGUUAUGACAGUGCAUUAAUCUCUUUAACUGUCCUUGACUUGAGCUACAAUGCUUUACAGAACCUUCUCCUUGAUGCUGAUGCAUUGUCAAAUUUGAAGGAGCUCUAUAUUCAAAACAACUAUCUUCAAACCCUGCAGUUUGACAUCUUCUCUAAUCUUCCUAGCCUUAGACUGCUUAAUCUACAGGGCAAUAAUAUCAGCCUUUGCAGCUUGUACUCAGGAUUAGCUAAACAAAGACUUGCUGGAGAGGAAAGUGGUUGUGUAUCAUUUGUCAAUUCUCCUACCCUUCAGUACUUGCACCUAGCUGACAACAUGCUGAAAAUCCUACCAGCAUACAGCUUCUACAAGACUUCUCUGGUUGUCCUGGACCUCUCCAUGAACCCUGGACUGAAAAUAGAACUUAAAGCAUUAUCAGGUCUGGAAAAGUCUCUGGAAUGUUUGUAUUUAUAUGGUAAUAACCUGAUAGAUUUAAAUAUUGACUUGCCUUGUUUUAGUCACCUUAAACAUUUAAACCUCUCUGAAAAUCAGCUGAACUGGCUGCCUAAGUGGGGCAGUGACUCUCCACUAGAAGUUCUGGACCUACGAAACAACAAGUUCAGUACAUUACAAAACAGCAAUAUUUUAGCAUUAGAAAAUUCACUUAAAAACUUGUAUCUCACUGGGAACCCACUCAGCUGCUGUGGAAACAUCUGGCUUUCAUCAAUGAUCCAGAACAAAAAUGUCCAGAUCUCCAAUGUAGAUCAUUUGAUGUGCCAGCACACUCAGAAUUUUGGGUACCAGGAUGAAGUGCACAUCAGGAACAUUAGACCAGAAGACUGUGAAAAAGAGGAUCUGAAGAAAAUCAGCUUCCUUAUUGUAUUAACAUUUGUGUUGGUUUUAUCUGUGAUCAUCAUUGGUGUGGGUUCAUUUUUUUGCUUCCGCAGGCAAAACUUUACCCAUCAGUUUAAAGCAUAGUGACACAAAAUGCCUUGAAAAAUUAAGAAAUCAGGUGCUACACUGACAGUGUAUAGAAAUUAAGGGUAAAAUUCUCAUCUUUGAUUUUCAGCUGUGGAUUUAAAUGCUUUUGAAGUGCCCCUGAAUUACACCAUUGGUAUGGGUUGCAGGGACUGGAAGGAGAAUUUGGCAUGUUUUGCAAAUCCACUGUUUAACUCAAACAGGAGAAAUUUGGCCCUUGUGUGCAAUAUAUAUUUAACUGAGUUUAAUGUGAAGAAAGUCAUCUCUGGGGUGAAGGCUUU